CCGGGGUGGCGGCGGCCUGGGCGGCCUCGGCGCCGCCAGCGCCGCGAUGGGCUGAGUGAGGCGGCUGGUGGCAGCGAGGGGUGUCCGCGGCUCCGGGCUUGCCGCUCCGAGGAUGGAGAGAGCCAUGGAGCAGCUCAACCGGCUGACCAGGUCCCUGCGCCGCGCCCGCACCGUGGAGCUGCCGGACGAUAAUGAAACUGCUGUCUAUACACUGAUGCCAAUGGUUAUGGCUGACCAGCACAGGUCUGUCUCAGAGCUGCUGUCAAAUUCAAAAUUUGAUGUGAAUUAUGCCUUUGGACGUGUGAAGAGAAGUUUGCUUCAUAUUGCAGCAAACUGUGGAUCAGUUGAAUGCCUUGUUCUAUUAUUAAAAAAAGGAGCAAAUCCAAACUAUCAGGACAUCUCAGGAUGUACUCCACUCCAUUUAGCAGCAAGGAAUGGCCAGAAAAAAUGUAUGAGCAAGCUGUUGGAAUACAGUGCAGAUGUCAACAUUUGUAAUAAUGAAGGCUUGACUGCAAUUCAUUGGUUGGCUGUCAAUGGACGAACAGAAUUGCUUCAUGAUCUUGUUCAGCAUGUCAGUAAUGUAGAUGUUGAAGAUGCAAUGGGACAGACAGCCCUUCAUGUAGCUUGUCAAAAUGGACACAAGACAACGGUGCAGUGCUUGCUGGACAGCGGCGCAGACAUAAACAGGCCAAACGUUUCUGGGGCAACUCCGCUUUAUUUUGCUUGCAGCCAUGGUCAGAGAGACACUGCACAAAUUCUUUUGAUGAGAGGAGCCAAAUAUUUACCAGACAAGAACGGUGUUACUCCACUGGAUCUCUGUGUACAGGGUGGUUAUGGAGAGACUUGUGAAGUCUUAAUACAGUACCAUCCUCGGCUUUUCCAGACAAUAAUUCAAAUGACACAGAAUGAAGAUCUGCGGGAAAACAUGUUGCGGCAGGUUCUGGAACACUUGUCUCAGCAGAGCGAAAGCCAGUAUCUUAAAAUCUUGACAAGUCUUGCUGAAGUUGCUACAACAAAUGGUCACAAAUUGCUCAGCUUGUCAAGUAAUUAUGAAGCUCAAAUGAAGAGUCUCUUAAGGAUCGUGAGGAUAUUUUGCCAUGUCUUUCGCAUUGGCCCAUCCUCUCCCAGUAAUGGAAAUGACAUGGGCUACAAUGGAAAUAAAACUCCAAGAAGUCAGGUGUUCAAGGUCAGAAAAGUAUAUGAUGUUGUUAGGAAGAUAGACGUUAAAGAGAUGAAUUUCACAAAGCAUGCAUUCAUUAAUCAGACAUCUCAUGAACAGGAACCGCUGGAACUGCUCUGGCAUUCUCUGGAUGAAUGGCUUGUUCUGAUAGCCACAGAGCUGAUGAAAAACAAAAGGGACUCUGCCAACAUUACUUCUAUUUUAUUGAAGCAGAAAGGACCAGAUCACCAAGAUGCUACUUCUGCGCCUUCUUUUGCCACUGCAGGAGCUGAGGGAAGAAAAGAGCUGUCCACUGAUGCUGUCGAGUUAAAAACAUAUGAUGUUGCUGGGAAGCAGGAAGCUUGUGCUGAUUGUCAGGAUGUUAUCUCCAUGACAGCAAACAGGCUAAGUGCUGUCAUUCAGGCCUUCUAUAUGUGCUGCUCCUGCCAGAUGCCUCAGGGGAUGACAUCACCUCGUUUUAUAGAAUUUGUUUGUAAACACGAUGAUGUCCUUAAGUGUUUUGUUAACCGAAAUCCCAAAAUAAUUUUUGAUCACUUUCAUUUUCUUCUGGAGUGUCCUGAACUAAUGUCCAGAUUUAUGCACAUCAUAAAAGCUCAGCCAUUUAAAGAUCGCUGUGAAUGGUUCUAUGAGCAUCUGCACGCCGGGCAGCCGGAUUCAGACAUGGUGCACAGGCCUGUCAAUGAAAAUGACAUACUUUUGGUUCACAGAGAUUCUAUUUUUAGGAGUAGCUGUGAAGUUGUGUCUAAAGCAAACUGUGCAAAAUUAAAGCAGGGGAUUGCUGUGAGAUUUCAUGGAGAAGAAGGCAUGGGACAGGGUGUGGUGCGUGAAUGGUUUGAUAUCUUAUCCAGUGAAAUAGUUAACCCAGAUUAUGCCUUAUUUACCCAGUCAGCUGAUGGAACAACAUUCCAGCCAAACAGCAACUCUUCUGUAAAUCCAGAUCAUUUGAACUACUUCCGUUUUGCAGGCCAGAUCCUGGGGCUGGCUCUGAAUCACAGGCAACUGGUGAACAUCUACUUCACAAGGUCAUUCUACAAACAUAUUCUUGGCAUACCUGUAAAUUAUCAGGAUGUAGCAUCUAUUGAUCCAGAGUAUGCAAAGAACUUGCAGUGGAUUUUAGAUAAUGAUAUCAGUGAUCUGGGUUUAGAGCUGACAUUCUCUGUUGAGACUGAUGUGUUUGGAGCAAUGGAAGAAGUGCCAUUGAAGCCAGGGGGUGCAAGUAUACUUGUUACACAGGAAAACAAGGCUGAGUAUGUCCAGCUUGUGACAGAGCUCAGAAUGACAAGAGCCAUUCAGCCUCAGAUAAAUGCCUUUUUACAAGGCUUCCAUAUGUUCAUUCCACCAUCUUUGAUCCAACUUUUUGAUGAAUAUGAAUUGGAGCUCUUGUUGUCCGGUAUGCCAGAAAUUGAUGUGAAUGACUGGUUAAAAAAUACAGAAUACACCAGUGGCUAUGAGAGAGGAGACCAAGUUAUUCAGUGGUUCUGGGACGUGGUGGAAGAACUAACUCAGGAAGAGAGAGUGUUACUAUUACAGUUUGUUACUGGCAGUUCCAGGGUGCCUCAUGGUGGCUUUGCCCAUAUAAUGGGUGGCAGUGGAUUGCAAAAUUUUACUAUUGCUGCUGUGCCAUAUACUGCAAAUCUUUUACCAACAUCAAGCACAUGUAUCAACAUGCUCAAGUUACCUGAAUAUCCAAGUAAAGAAAUCCUGAAAGACAGGCUUCUUGUGGCAUUGCACUGUGGAAGCUAUGGUUACACAAUGGCAUAAUGAAGUCUAGAAAACCCAUCUGACUGUUAAUGUGCAAUUUUGAGUGGCAGAAGUAAUUUUGGAAACUCAAUAGGAAAGCAUCUUAGAUGCUGCAGCGCAUUGGCAGGGCUGGGUUUCAGAGCAGCACCAUCAGCUUUCCCUCCAUUAUUGUGUUGUCAAGGUAGCUCUGAUACCAUCAUAACAAACCUCUCAGUAUGCUGUAUUUUCAUUUUUUUAAAAUUACAGAUCUGUAUGGAAAUCAGUUUACAUGCUUUUCACUAUUACUUCAAUCUGAGAAAAGUUUGUCAGAAUCUCUUUCCACAGUUUACAUUUGAUUUCCAACUAUGUGGUUAAAUGACAUUUGCAUUGCAGUUUACUUUGCACUCAGAUGGAAUACUACAAAUGAAAAGACUUGUACUUUAUGCCUUGUUGCAUGUGAAAGUGCCAUUUAUUUUUGCAGACCACUACAGAAAGUUCAACUGGAAUAUUGUACAGUAAGACAGAACUGAUGUAUUUUCCCUUUCUUUGCAUAGUAACAGAAAGAAAAUUUUAUAACUUUUUAGUAUUCUAAUGUAUAUAAUAUGUAAAGAUUAGACUGUUAUGACUGGAAAAACCCAACAGAUUGAGUUUAUCUAGUUUAUAUUAGAAUUUACACUAUAUUCUACUAAAUAUUUAAAGUAUUUGUGACUUUAUAGUCAACUUGCAGUUCAGAAUUUGUAAAUAUUGUUUAAGAUCUAUAUCCAUUGUUUGAAUGCCUUUACUUUUUCCUUGAUAUAAUUGUAUGUUCAAAAGGUAUUAAUUAAAUUUUAAUAUUUUAACCAGAAUCUGAAUGUGAGAAAUUUGUGUGUCUCUGUGGGCAGAUUAUUCUUUUUUCUACCAGGAUUUUAUUAAUCUUUCUAUAAUUUAAAUUGCCAUGGAACCAGUAUAUGAGGAGUCAUUGUCCAAGUGUAUGGAUAGACAUAAAAAAAUGCAUAAGGAAGUAAACUGAGCUUAUGAGGGUAACUGACAAAACUGUGAUAGUUAGAAUUUAAUGUCAAAAUUUAUAUAGAAGUAUUUAUUGCUGUUUUUUUCAGAUUAUUUAUUGCUGAUUUUUUCAGGUUUUAUUAAUUUUAAUCUAAAGCAUACAUAACCUCUCUGGAGGAGUGAGAGAGAAAUCCAUGGACCAUCUUGCCACAGUAAUUUCCUUCUGGACUAAGCUUUAUAGAUGAACUUAUUAGCUUCAUUUACUUUUUAGUUCUGUUUGUGCACAUGUUGUAUAAAUGUUAGUUUAAAUUCUGAGACAGAGUCUGUGGCUGCCACAUGAGGAGAAUACCAGUUUUAGGUAGUGGAAAGAACAGACACUUCAGCAGAACAGUCCAGGGAAAGCUGCUUGGCUCUUGCUUUCAGGAAAGGGAAUGAAAUCUUGAAAUCAGACAACAAAGUCUUAACAACCUCUGGAAAGGAGAUACGACUGAAAAAAAGUGCAAUUGAAAAAAAACUAGAAAAUUUGGAAAUAGAGUGACUACAACCAAAUGGACUGAGAUGAAAUGAGGGGCAGUGAAAAGGACCAAAACUCCAAUUAAAGU